AUGAGAAGAAACAGAGCUUUGUCCAUCGUCUGCAAGCUUUUUUUGACACAAUCUCACCACCAUAGAGAAAAUUUGGGUCUUGGCAGAAGCACAUCGAGAAUCUGUAACGAGAGAUAUUACUACGUUCAAGAUCAGCGAAUCAGUGCUCCUUCGGCUAUAUCGGUCGGUAAAGAGCUUGGCGGUUCGGACGGCAUGAUCGAACAUGAUUCUGGAAGCGAUGAGAGGAGCCGACGUGAACUCGGCACUUCAUACUCUGGCUAG